CAGAAGCGAAGAUAAAUCAGUGGAAAUAUGGAAUCGCCACCGAUGUUCAACAGCGUCGAGGACGAGUGCAGAUAUUGGAAGGAACGCUCCAAGCAGUACCACAAAGAGUGGACAGACGUGAAACAGGAAUACGACGAAUUUGUGGAGCAGUCCCGUGAAAUGGAAAUCGAAAUGGACGCCACUCUGGACCAAAAGCAGAGUAUAAUCAAAGAUCUCACAGCCAAGCUCACAAUGUUUGAGCGGGAAAACGAGUCCCUCAAGCUCAAGUUGGACUCGCAUGGCAUUGAAAUGUCAAACAUGGAGAAGCAGCUGGAAACAGUAAAGAAGGAGCGCGACACCAUGAAGGUGUAUCUGCGGCAAUUGGAGCAGAAGAACGACGAUCUGGAGCGUGCCCACCGCAUACUAAACGAAAGCAUAGAGAACUUCGAAAAGAUGCUGGAUCAGGCGUACGAGAAGAACGCACUUCUAGAGCUGGAAGUGGAUGAGAAGGGUUUGUUGCAGGAGAAGCUACAACGGCUGAUGGACGAGACGAGAGAUCUCAAGCAGGAGCUUAAUGUCAAGUCACGCUUUACCCCAGUGGUCAAUGGAACGAGCAUUCCCACGGCCAGCGACACCAACACGGUGAACAGCUCCAUGAACUCGUCCGCCUCGCUGCCAAACGGCAUUGUGGCCAACGGUGAUCUGGCGAACCACGACAAUACCGCUGUCGCCACAAGAACCACCAGCGUCAGCGUGAACGCCCUCAAUGGAAGUUUAGUUAAUAGAAACGAAUAUAGCCAGCAGCAUUCGCUUAAAAAUCCCGAGAACCAACUCAAUGGCAAUUCCAUGAACCCCAGCUCCCGCACAACGGCGCUCAACAUUGUGGCCGACAUGUUAAGAAAACUAAACGCCAUGGAGACGAAGCUGAAGACGUACCGCGAGAAUGGCCAGCCCAUGCCGCAGCGGCUCCGCUCCGCGCAACAGUCCACCCAUCCGGCGCUGGCCGGACUUGCUUGCCUCUCGCUGGAUGCCGAGUAAUGGUGGUCACCGCCUCCUCCUCCUCCUCCUCCUCCUCCUCCGCCUCCGCCUUCUCAUCCUCAUAUUCAUCCUUAUCAUCAAGCAUAUCCCCAAUCAUCAAGGGCGGGACACGGUUUAGUCGGCUUUACGUUUACGUUACGUUACGUUAAUGUUACUGCUAGCAUUAAUUUUGCUUCUGCUGCCUCUUUAUUUAUUUGACCUUACUUGACUUGUAUAAAUCAUUUGCGAUAUUAUAAAUUAAACAACAGUUGAUGUUGUCGUUCUCGAGCCCAACAUAUAAAAUGCCUUAGUACGAAUUAAGAGUAUAUCUAGCACUAAGCCCCACUCGGUUCACUUUGACUUCAAUUGUUUUGGCAUACAAUGUGUUUAGCGAGUAAGUUUAGAGAUGAUAUCCCAGCAAAAGAAAACAAAAGCGAAGAAGCUCUGUCCAAGUAUUAUACUUCAAGCGGACAACAAAUACUCGUAGCGUUUAGGAAAAAAGACAAGAUCUAACCCGAAAACACAACCGAUCACCUAGUUAUAUACUGUAACUAUACCAAGAGCUAUUUUCUGUUUAUAUUUACGACGAAUAUAAAUUUGUAAAAAUGCAAUAUUGUUAACAUCAAACUGUAUAAAGCAUAACACAAAAUCCAACGAACAGGCAAACAAAAAAAUAUAUAUAUAUGAAUAAAGAGCAACAUAAUUAGUUUAAUAGUAA